AUGUCUUUCCAACGUCGGCGGGUUUCACCCACAAGGGACCUUGAAGACCUGAACGUCACUCACGAGGGUCAUCCAAGAGACCGCGUUGAUCUUUUAGAAUCCAUCUUGAAUCAGCAGAGGGCGGUCGAGCUGCCCACACCGACCCAACUUUCUCAGCAACCUUCGUACAUCGAAAACGCCAUUACCUAUAAGGAGAAAGUCAUCCUGUUCUUGCCCGAGACCCCUCCUAAACUGUCCAGCCAUCUCUCGAAUCCCGCGAUGUUGUUCACUUCUCGGUUCAAAAAGUUUGCAGACAUUGAAGACGUCGACCGUGCCACCCCCCGUCGUCAAAGAGCAGCGAAAUGUAUUCCUGAGGGGCAUCCGGAUCUGCCGAACCUACUCUCUGAAUUCGGCUGUUCGUUCGCGACUCGCUUUCAAUUAUUUAGGGAACCGAACGAUAUCAAGAGCGCCAUUUCGAACCAUGAGAGAUCCUCCUCACGUUCGCAGGAUACGCUAGCAUCCACGAACGACUCGCCAACCUCAGGACAACGUAUUACUCGUUUCAAUGUCUGA